AUGAGUCUUCGUGAACUUUCUGUGAAAGAGCGCCGUGCGCGCAGAUCUUUGAACACUCUGUCACAGUUUGUGAAAAACUUUACGAGUAGUGAUCAGGACCAAAUUGAAGUUCGUUUGCAACUGUUGGAAAGUGCUUACGAAGAAUUUGUAGAUGUGCGAUUAAAAAUUGUGCUGUUACUGGAGGAUCAGAACGGGCCGGAAGAAGGCGAAGAUGAAGAAGCAGGAUCGGAGUUUCAAAGUGCAGCUGAAAAAAGACAGGAACAAAAUGACAUCGUUUUCGCCCAGGCAGAGGAGCAGUAUUGUCGGUCGAAAAGUGCACUCAUGAGCUUCCUACGUGCAGAUGGUAACCACAAGCAGCCGCAAGCAUCUUCGUCAGCCAUGGUGGGCCCUGAAUCCCGGGUUAAGCUUCCUGAAAUCCGCCUGCCUACGUUCACAGGAAGAUUGGGUGACUGGAUCCCUUUCCGUGAUGCCUUUCAAAGCCUAAUACACAAAAGCGAGAAACUUUCCAGCAUGGAUAAGUUUACUUAUUUAAGAUCUUCACUUUCAGGCGAGGCUUUACAAGAAGUUGGGUCGAUUGAUCUUUCCGGCGAUAAUUACGAGAUCGCCUGGAAGGUGCUUGAGGAUCGUUAUCAGAACAAUAAAUUGAUCGUCAAAGCUCACCUGGAUGCUCUUUUUGAAGUCGAUCGCAUGAAAAAAGAGAGUUUUGAAUGCUUAAACCAGAUGAUUUCCGAAUUUGAAAAGCACCUUCAAAUGCUGACGAAGAUAGGGGAAAAAGUCGUCGGGUGGAGCACGAUUCUUGUCCACAUGAUAUGCUCCAGACUGGAUUCCGCAACUUUGAAGCUGUGGGAGACUUACCACAGUUCAAAGGAAGUCCCCACUUACGAAAACUUGAUCCACUUUUUGAAAAACCAUUGUGCAGUAUUGCAAUCAAUUAGCUCAUCCUCUUCUACCCAACCGGAGACUAAGAAACAACGCUUUGGCGCAAACCAUGCUGUUACCUCCGGUCGAUGCAGGUUUUGUUCAGAAAGUUUUCAUUCCGUUUUUCUGUGCAAAAAGUUCCAGAAGAUGAACAUUCCCCAGAGGUUCGAAGCGGUCAAGAGAAAUGGGCUUUGCAUGAAUUGCUUCUCCAGUGGUCAUCUUGCAAGGAAUUGUACCCGUGGAUCCUGUCGUCAUUGCGGAAGAAGGCACCAUACGCUGCUGCAUCCUGCAAAAGAAGCUAACAGUGCCAAACCGAAACCCUCCGAUCCACCGACUUCGACAAAUCGUUAUCAUCAUGAAAAUCGUCCAACGUUUUCGCAGUCAAAUCAACAAACAGCCAUAAAUCCACCAACAACAACCAACACAUCUACCGAAUCCAACCAACCAAUAGCCACAGUUUCAUCAGCAUUCCCAGUUGUCAAAGAUAAUUCGCAUAACCCACACCCACUGCAUGCCACAGACCCUAACACACCAUCCUUUACCAUUGCACUUCCUCUAUACACAUCACAUCAGAUUCUCUUGUCAACCGCCCUGGUUCGAGUUUUCGAUACCACCGGCCACAGCGUGCUAGCUAGAGCAUUAUUAGAUUCCUGCUCUCAGAAUUGUUUCGUUACGUCGCGUCUGAUUCGCAAACUUCGCCUACAAGAGUAUUCUGAUAAUUUGAACCUUUUUGGAAUUGGUGGAUCUGGAUGCAGUUCCAAGAAAGCCGUCAGAGCAUGCAUCGGUCCACGCAUGCCCCAUAUUUCGGAAUUCAACGAGGAAAUAUAUUUCAACGUUUUGCCAAGUCUUACGAUUAAAUUACCGUCGCAGAGUUUCGCCGUUGAAAAAUGGCAGGUACCGGAGCAUCUGGUUCUGGCAGAUCCUUCGUUCUACCAAAAAGCAGAGAUUGACAUGUUGAUCGGGGCCGAAUAUUUCCUAGACCUCCUCCAACCCGGUCAGCACAAAAUCAGCGAGAACGGUCCCACAAUGCAGAACACAGUUUUUGGGUGGAUAAUUUCCGGUCGAGCCCAAGAAUCCCGAGUUCCCGUUUCCGACCAAUCGGUGCAGCUGUGUUCCAUGUCAGAUAUACACGAGCAGGUUGCACGAUUUUGGGAAUUAGAGUCUUGUCAAAUUAAGAGCACCAAUUCCGUCGAAGAGUCUUUAUGUGAAGAAAUGUUUUCGCAAACGACUACUCGAGACGCGACCGGAAGGUUUGUCGUCUCCCUACCUAAGAAAGAUUUCGUUCUGAUUCGUCUCGGAGAUUCCAAGCGUUUGGCUGAAAAGCGUUUUUAUGGCUUGGAAAAACGAUUUUCCCACCAUCCUGAUUUGAAGCAGGCCUACUUCGAAUUCAUCCAGGAGUACCAGGAUAUGGGCCACAUGAAGCUGGUUGAAGAUUGUCCAGAUGAGCUGCGUUAUUUUUUGCCCCAUCACGCAGUCAUCAAGCCCGAAAGCACAACGACGAAGCUGAGGGUUGUCUUUGAUGCUUCGUGUCCCACAACGUCCGGUGUUUCCCUCAACGAUGGUCUACUGGUUGGGCCCAUAGUGCAAGACGAUCUGCUCUCGAUCGUUACCCGGUUCCGAUUGCACCAAUAUGCUAUAGUGGCAGAUAUAGCUAAAAUGUACCGGAUGAUAAAGCUAGCGGAAGCAGAUCAACGUUAUCAGUGCAUUCUUUGGAGGGACUCGCCGUCAGAACCGCUACGAAUCUAUAAGCUAACGACCGUUACGUACGGCACAGCAAGUGCCCCGUUCUUAGCUACUCGAUGCCUUCUGAAGCUGGCAGAAGAUGGACAGCAUAGUCACCCACUAGCCUCUAGGAUCGUGAAAAAGGAUUUUUAUAUGGACGAUGCGUUAACUGGAGUGGAUACCCCAGAAGAAGGGAAACGAGCGGUGAGAGAGCUAAGCGAUCUUUUAAGUUCUGUUGGAUUUGUGUUACGUAAAUUCAACUCGAAUUGUGAAGAAAUAUUGGCCGAGAUUCCAGCUGUACUACGAAGUAGUGGAAGUACACUAGAGCUGGAUUCCUCUUCCACCGUAACCACCCUUGGCUUGGUUUGGGAGCCUAGCACGGAUCUAUUCCAUUUUCGCCCGCCUAAGUGGAGUUCCGCGUCGAUAAUCACCAAAAGAAUUGUGCUAUCGGAUGCCUCAAAACUGUUUGAUCCUCUUGGACUGGUAGGUCCUGUCAUCGUGCAAGCCAAGAUCUUCAUCCAAUCACUUUGGCAGAUCCAGGGCGGCUGGGAUGAGCCCUUGAUGGAAUGCAUGCAGAACUUCUGGGUAGAAUACCGUAGAAACUUUUCGUCACUCGAUAAUUUUUCGAUUCCACGUUGGGUGGGAUUCGCUCGAAUUUGUGAGGCACAACUACACGGAUUUUGUGACGCCUCGGAGAAGGCGUACGGAGGAUGCCUGUAUCUACGUUGCAUCCACGAAGAUGGUUCCGCCUCGGUGCUAUUAUUGUUAUCCAAGUCCAGAGUCGCUCCGAUUGAAGAUCUCAAAAGGAAAAAACGAAAGCAGUCCAUUCCCAGGCUUGAACUGUCGUCUGCACUCUUGUUGAGUCAUUUGUACGAGAAAUUUUGCAAAGCAACGUCCAUUGACGUUCAGAGUUUUUUUUGGACUGAUUCCACUAUCGUGAAGUGUUGGUUGGCAUCCGUUCCAUCUCACUGGCAAGCCUUUGUGGCAAACCGGGUCUCCGAAAUCCAGCAUUUGACGAAAAAGGGAAGCUGGCAUCAUGUUCCUGGUUCUGAAAACCCGGCUGACAUCAUUUCCCGUGGAAUGACCCCCGUUCAACUCCAAUAUCAGCCGCUUUGGUUUGAAGGGCCACUUUGGUUGAAGCAAACCCGUGACACUUGGCCUGAGGUGAAUGAAAUGACACCAGAACAGUUCGAUAAAACUACGUUAGAAGAAAAGGUAUCAGUAUCGUUGCCCGUUCAAAGCGUUGAACCGAAUGAAUUGUUUUCUUUGAAGUCUAAGUUCUCGCAGUUAGUGCGCUUAGUAUCCUGGUUUCAACGUUUCCGCCACAACUCUCAAAAGAAAAACCGAACAUCUCGAAAGACGGGCAAUCUUUCCUUCGAAGAGCUCAAUGAUGCUAAGAAAAUUCUGGUCAGAGUGGCUCAAAGCGAAUGCUUUAGCCAAGAAAUUAAAGAUUUGGACAAAUCAAAAGAAGUCAGAUCUUCAUCGCGGAUUUGCAGACUAAAUCCACAUCUCGUAGACGGUAUACUUUUGGUCGGCGGCAGGUGA